AUGAAUCAUAGGGUUGACUACUCAAACAAGCGUAGGAGGGGGACAUGGACUCGUUCAAGAAAGCUUCGGCGCCUCUGGAAAAUUCGUGAACAAUGGAAGCUUUUGGGUUUCUUUGAGAUUAACCAUGACCAUGAGUUCUACGACUUCACAUGCCUGCUGAAAGAGGGGCUGAAGGCAGCAAUUCAAGAGGCGAUGGAUAAUCCACCAACGACAGGUAUCCUUGGCGAGUCGGAUUUUACUGCAGUGCUUAAACAGGCCCAUGAGGGCUUCGAGAUGAGGACGUACGCAGGCCCCGCUUUUGCCAGGUUCAGGCAGUUCCUUGGCAUGGCGGACAGGGAUUACCAGCAGUCUCUGAGCUGCGAGAGCGCCUACCUGCAGUUCAUCAGCAACUCAAAGAGCACUGCCAACUUUUUCCUCACCAAGGACAAACGCUUCUUCCUGAAGACCCAGAGCAAGCGAGAAACCCAUUUCCUCCUCUCGAACCUUUCCAAAUACUUGGAGCACCUGGAGCGAUACCCCCACUCCCUUCUUGUCAAAUUCCUCGGGGUCCACAGUAUCAUCGUUCCCCAGGAGAAGAAGAGAUAUUUCAUCAUCAUGCAGAGUGUCUUUUACCCCCACGAGAGGAUUGUCGAGCGGUAUGAUAUCAAAGGCUGUCAACUCGACCGCUGGGUAGAGGCAGCCCCGGAAGGCAGUCAGAUAAUCAUGGUUUUCAAGGAUCUCAACUUUGAAGGAAAGACCCUCUGCCUCGACGAGCAGCGCGCCUGGUUCGUGCGCCAAGUGGAGCUGGACACGCAGUUCCUCCGGGAGCUGGCCGUGAUGGACUACAGCCUCCUGGUGGCGUUUCAGCCCCUCCACGAGGACGAGCAGGCCAUGAACCGGACCUUGGCCAACAUCAUUGCCAGGACAAAAAGGUCGAUCAUCCCUUGUAGCUCCCUUAUCCACGGAGCCGCCGAACCCAGCGAACUGGCUUGCUUCUCUUCCGACAUGCAGAAUGCCUCCAGCCUCGACCAGAUGAAUACUGGAAGCAGUUUGCACGAAUUUAUUUACAUGUUGCAGAAAUCCAACUUUGACAUGGGUGCGGCGUCGCUUGCCGAUCAAAGUGACUUCUUCCAGGAGGCCCUGAUCACUUACCUGACGCAGGCAAGCAGCUGUGAGCAGUUCCCCAUGGCUGGCUCCGAGAUCGAUGCCAACCUGGGGAGCCUUGCCGACUCCUGCCUGCGCUUGGCACAGAACCGGCGUCUCCUGCCUAAUUCCAGGAAUCCCUUGCAUGUAAUCGACGGGCCCAAAUUUCGCUACUUUGUGGGCGUCAUCGACCUCUUCACAGUGUACAGCUUCCGCAAGAAGUUGGAGCAUUUCUGGAAAAGCAUCCGGUAUCGAGGACAGAGUUUCUCCACUGUUGGCCCCUCCCAUUACGCCAGGAGGCUUUGCCAGUGGGUAGAAGAGCACACCACAUGA